AUGCUGCAGGCUUGUAGGAGUUUCGCCCUCCACACUCUCUCCACCUCCAAUUCCUUCUCUCUCCUCCACCACCGCUCCCGCCCCAUCUCCAAAUCCCCGCCGUUCAUUCUCCACAGCCCCGCCCUGCCCCGCUCCUUCCGCGCCACCGUCAGAUCAUCCUCCCCUCUCUUCCCCCCAUCGCCAAAGCUCUCCCUCUGCUCCAAACCUCGCCUCCCACCCAUCCACGCCUCGUCUUCUUCCACACAUUCACCAUCCCCGCUUCCUCCACAAGGCGCCAAGCCCAUCCCCUUCCUCAUCUCAAUCUCCAUCGGCCUCAUUGUGCAGUUCCUAGUCCCCAAACCCCCCGAAGUCUCUCCCCAGGGCUGGCAAUUGCUCUCCAUCUUCCUCUCCACCAUCGCCGGCCUCGUCCUCAGCCCCCUGCCCGUCGGCGCCUGGGCCUUCCUCGGCCUCACCGCCUCCAUAGUCACCAAAACCCUGUCCUUCUCUGCCGCCUUCUCCGCCUUCACCAAUGAGGUCAUCUGGCUCAUCGUCAUCUCCUUCUUCUUCGCCCGCGGCUUCGUCAAGACCGGCUUGGGCGACAGGAUCGCCACCUACUUCAUCAAGUGGCUGGGCAAGAGUACCUUGGGGUUGUCCUACGGGUUGACGAUCAGUGAGGCGCUCAUCGCCCCGGCGAUGCCGAGCACCACGGCGAGGGCCGGUGGCGUCUUCUUGCCAAUAAUCAAGUCCUUGUCGCUAUCGGCGGGGAGUAAACCGGGCGAUCCGUCGGCGAAAAAGCUCGGGUCUUAUCUCAUUCAGUCCCAAUUUCAGGCUGCAAGUAACUCUAGUGCUCUUUUCCUAACUGCUGCUGCUCAAAACCUGCUUUGCCUCAAAUUAGCCGAGGAACUUGGUGUGAUAGUUUCAAGCCCUUGGGUUUCUUGGUUCAAGGCUGCUAGUUUACCAGCCCUUGUUGCUCUUCUAGCUACUCCGCUAGUCCUGUACAAGCUAUAUCCUCCUGAAACCAAAGACACACCUGAUGCACCUGCCAUGGCUGCAAAGAAACUAGGGCACAUGGGUCCUGUCACAAGACAUGAGUGGGUGAUGGUUGGUACAAUGCUUCUUGCAGUCUCUUUAUGGGUAUUUGGAGACGCUCUUGGUAUUGCAAGUGUUGUAGCUGCAAUGAUAGGCUUAUCAAUACUCCUUUUGUUGGGAGUCCUUGAUUGGGAUGACUGCUUAAGUGAAAAAUCAGCAUGGGAUACCUUGGCUUGGUUUGCCGUUCUAGUGGGCAUGGCAGGCCAAUUGACAAACCUUGGUGUUGUGACCUGGAUGUCUGAUUGUGUGGCCAAGUCCCUUCAAUCUUUCUCUUUGAGUUGGCCUGCUGCACUUGGUGUUCUUCAGGCCUCAUACUUCUUCAUCCACUACCUCUUUGCAAGUCAAACAGGUCAUGUUGGAGCUUUAUACUCUGCAUUCCUUGCUAUGCAUUUGGCAGCGGGGGUUCCUGGUGUGUUGGCAGCUCUGGCUUUAGCUUACAACACAAAUCUUUUUGGUGCUCUGACGCAUUAUAGCAGUGGUCAGGCUGCUGUAUACUAUGGAGCUGGUUAUGUAGACCUUCCUGACGUAUUCAAAAUAGGGUUCGUAAUGGCUCUUGUCAAUGCAAUCAUCUGGGUAGUAGUUGGAGCUUUCUGGUGGAAAUUUUUGGGCCUCUAUUGAUUUUCAAUUACAAUGUAAGUAAAUGGUUUUCCGUGUACAUUGUCAUCUUUGAGGACAUCAUUGCGCUCAUAAUUUUAUCUCAAAGAAAAUUUUCAUUUUUUA